AUGAACGAGACCAAAACUGCUCAACAAGAAGAACUGAAUACUCAACAUGCUCUACGCCGUACGUCAUCUGCUUCUUCUACGUCCUCAAUACCUCGAGCAUUGUCACCGUUAAGAGGUCGAUUUCACCGUCAAAAGAUUUUCCUUACUGAAAUGCAAAGAGAUACGAUUCGGCUCACAUUUCAUCUGUUGCUGGAAGACAAAGUGUAUCCAACACUGAAGAAUAUCUUAUCAACACUGCUAGCACAAGAUCCAGAUUUUCCAAUUAAAAAAAUAACAAGAUUACGUGAAGAAAUGAAACGUCUAGGCUUCAAAUAUGGACAGACACGAAAAGCUCCUGUACUACUCGAUUCUACUCCAUUUCAAGCUCAAUGA